AUGAAUGCUACGCAAACUGUACCGCGCUUCCUCCUACCGCGCCUGAGCUGGACCGGUCCGCUCUCGACGACAACGACGGCAACGACAGGCCUGCAGGGGGCUUUUGCGGCCGCCUUGAAGCAAGCGAGAAUCACAACCAAUGGAGCCGGAGGACAAGCAGCGCCCAGGAGAUCCAUCUAUACGGGCGGCCCCAAUUCGACGAGGAGACAUGGCAUUAUGCGGGAUAAUGCGGGCAGCCAACCGACGAGGAGUCUGAGCUGCGUCGUCCGUAACCCGGCUCUCCGGCGGUCAUUCCACGCGACCGCCGCGCGCAGACGUGACCACCACUUCGACACGCUCCGCUUUGUGCAGCGCCUUCAAGAAGAAGGGUUUACCGAGGAACAAUCCGUGGCCAUGAUGAAGGUGCUAAACGACGUCAUCGAGGAGAGCAUCCAGAAUCUCACGCGCACCAUGGUCCCGCGCGAAGAAGCGGCCAAGACGACCUACACCCAGAAAGUCGACUUUGCCAAGCUGCGCAGCGAGCUGCUCUCGGCGGACAGCACCGAGUCCAACGCGACGCGGGCGGCGCACGAGAAGCUGACCAACGACAUCACCAAGCUCAACAGCCGGCUGCGAGACGAGAUCGGGCGCACGCAGGCGAGCGUACGACUGGAUCUGAACCUGGAGAAGGGCCGGAUCCGCGAGGAGGCCGUGUCGCAGGAGCUCAAGAUCAAGGAGACCGAGACCAAGAUCGAGCAGGAGGCGGCCGCGCUCAGGCAGCAACUGGAGCAGGUCAAGUUCCAGACGCUGCAGUGGUUGAUAGGAGUCUGUACCGGAUUUGCGGCCCUCUUGUUGGGUGCUUGGCGGUUGUUGAUGUGA